AUGGAUGAAUUUGCCCAAUCCAGGGCCGACGAUGACCUCUUCGAUGAUGACAUCAUUCCCAUUGAGCCUACCAAGGAAAACGCUGGAGUAGAGACGAUUGCGAAGAAAGUGCGCGACAUUUCCCUCAAGAACGCUCCCAAGGGUCCUGCUGCAGAAACAAAUCAUCACCGCGCAAAUGAUCCGAGAGGAGGCAGAAGCAGGGGAAGGGGUGGUCGUGGGAGAGGUGUAGACAGAGCUGACUCAGGACAACCAAGUUCCUCACUUCUACAAUCAAAAUAUGCGCAUGCGCCUGCACCUGCGCCAAUAGAUCCGGAUCCUGCUCCUCUUGCUACUUCCCCAGCAGCCAUCCCUUCUGAUGUUCCAAAGUCCGCAGAUGGCGAGCCGGAGCCAGCUUCAGAGCCGGUAGACGGUCCAGAGGACAAAGGGGCGCCUAGUCCCGUUCCUACAACCGAACCUAUCACCCCUGCACGGCCACCCGCAGUGCGAGGUGACCGAACCGCGACCGGGGGCAUCAAGAAGCCCAAGUUGACUGAGGAAGAGCUCACGGCUAAGCUUGCAGCCGCAAAGACAAGAUCUGAGAACCGCUCCGCUGCCCAUGCUCGAGCCGAAGCAGACGCAGCUAGCUUCAACGAGCGGGAACGUGCAGCGGCAGAGAAACGGGUCAAGGAUGCGGCCAACCGGAAGGUGAUGGAGGGCGAGCGAGAGAAGAAUAGGGCCAGGAAAAUGGCCGUCAUGGGAGGAAGGGAAUGGGAUGCAGAGAAGAACGAAGACGACUUCAAGAUGGCUUCUAGGGGUAGGGGAAGAGGUAAUUACGUGAGAGGGGCUAACGGAGGAGUUCGAGCGAGUCACGAAGAAAUACAGGAUGAGGAUCUUAGACAGUAUCAAAGGAGGGAUAAUAGGGGAGGGGGCCGAGGGCGAGGUAAACGAGGAGGCCGUGGGAGUGAACACGGCGCUGCUGGAGGGAGAGCAGGCCGCGGAAACGGUGCUGCUGGUCAGCCCGACAUCACAGCGGAUGUUGAUUUUCCAUCACUUCCCGCAACCACGAAGCCAAGGGACGAUACGUCUACAGCCAGGAGACAACAGCCGAACAAAACCAGCUCGGAAGUCAUAUCACCCAUCGCAGGUGCUGGAAGUUGGGCUGAUCAGGUUGAGGUGAGCGAAGCAGCAAAGCCGAAAGGAGGAUGUUAG